CACCCACCCCGGGGCGCCAGAACUGUGAAGAGACGUCCCAGCCUCGCUUAGUAUCCGACUGCUGGGCCCAAGUUUCUGCAGUCGUAGGGGAGCGGGCUAGGAUCACCCGGCUGCCCACCUGAUCGGGGGCGCCGCUCCUCCCCCUCUCCCCCUUCUGCUCCCGCCUUCCCCUCGCCGGCCGUUCUGGUCUAAAGCUAGGGCGGCGAUGUCUCUGAGAACUGCGGUAUGCGUGAGGGGUAGGGGCAGCUCGCCCGCGGGGUGCCGGGCCCCCGGCUCAGCCCCUCACCCCAGCUCUUGCUACUAUGGAGCCGUAGCUUCGUUUGACCUCAGACCCUACUUAAUCUCCUUUAGGCACCUUUAUAAUCCGCACUCCACCCCCACCCCCACCUUGGAGUACCGCCCUUGCUCGCGGGGGGGAGGGGAAUUGUUAAACGCGACUUGAGUCCUCUCGGCUCCCGUAGUUGGGGACUAUGGGAUGCCGGUCCCGAGUGUGGCGGCUAAUCCGGGGCUGCCUUGGGCCUCGCGGCGGGCAGUGCCCCGUGAUCCCCGCGCGCUAACCACCCCGAGCUAGAGGCCGGAGCCGCCGCCGCAGCAGCAGCCGCCGCCGCCGCCAUGGCGGACUAUUGGAAAUCACAACCAAAGAAAUUCUGUGAUUAUUGCAAGUGCUGGAUAGCCGACAAUAGGCCUAGUGUUGAAUUUCAUGAACGAGGAAAGAACCACAAGGAAAAUGUGGCCAAAAGAAUCAGUGAGAUUAAACAGAAAAGUCUGGAAAAGGCAAAAGAAGAAGAAAAAGCAUCAAAGGAGUUUGCAGCAAUGGAGGCAGCUGCUCUAAAAGCAUACCAAGAGGAUUUGAAAAGGCUUGGAAUCAAUUCAGAUGUCACAGAGUCUAGCACACCACAGUUAACCAGCACUGCCCCGUCUGUCUCACUGUCAGAUCAAAAGAAGGCAAAGAAAAAGAGGAAAAAAGAUAUUUCCAAUAUAGAUUCAGUAGGAGCUUCCAAAUGGGUAGAAGGCAUAUCAUCAGAGGGUUACCAGUAUUAUUAUAAUACCAUCACAGGAGAAUCUCAAUGGGAGAAACCUGAAGGAUUCCAAGGAAAGUUUAGUAAGAAAACAGCAAUGCCUCUUUGGGUAGAAGGUUUAAGUGAAGAUGGUUAUACCUAUUAUUAUAAUACAGAAACCGGUGAAUCCAAAUGGGAGAAGCCUGAGGAUUGUGUUCCACAAGUUGGAGAUCCCCUUUCUAGUAAUAGUACUGAAGCACUUGAUGCCCCAGCCGAAUCAAAGCCAUCUGAUUCAGAUAGUGAUUCCAGUGAAAUACAAGAAGCAGAAGAGGAAGAGAAAGAAAAAUCAGAGAUCUCUACAGAAGUACAAAAGCCAAAAAUAAAGUUUAGGAAAAAAACUAAAAAUGAUCAUGUUGAAGAAACUGAAACUGAAUCAAAGAAGGAAAAAAGUGAUGGAGAUCAGAAACAAGACUCAUCAAGUUCAUUAGAAAAAUCCAGAUCUAAAAGGCCAAAUCCUUAUGGGGAAUGGAAAGAAAUUAAACAAGAGGAAGAUCCCUAUGAGAAGAUAGACUUAGAACUUCCAACUACAGAAGAUGAAUAUAUAGGACCUCCAAUUGCUAAUAUGAGUGGAGACCCAAAAGUAACAUUUAAAGAAAAAACAGUCACUUCUCUCGGAGAUGUGGCAGAAGGAGUAGCCCCAGUCUUCAAAAAGAGAAGAUUUGAUAAUGGAAAAUCUAGAAAUUUAAGGCAAAGAGGAGGUGAUCAGUAAUUUUAAUUUAAUAACAAAAAGUAGCCUCUGACCUCUUUUGGACCUGUUUGAACAAAAAAUGUCUCCAACUUUGUAAGCUAUUUUUUGUUUGUUUUUAAUGGUUAAGAUAAUAAGAAUGUAGACUUAUUCCAAGUUGUACUAGAUGUGAAUUGUAAUAAAUCUAUUUUUUAUUUUUAUGUGAAUAUUAUUUUUGUUCUUAAAAUGGGAGUCAUUUAUGUUGCAUUGUAUUCAUUAUCUUAAAUUUCUUAAUUAUGUCAUAAUUCAAGAUGCUAUGUAUCUGCUAUUUAUAUAUGUAAAAAGAAAAUUGGCUCUUCCAUUCUCAUACAUGAGCAUACUCUUAUUAUUUUGUCUGAAAAUACUACUUUCUUGUAUAAUGAUAACUGACUGCUAACUAAGAAAUAGUAACAGUUCUAUGGUGUAAGAGCUUCAGGUCCCAGAGGAAAUUAUUCUGAAUAUGCUGUCAACAGGCUAAUAUAGGAUAAGUUAUAUUACUGGACAUAACUGAAUAUAAGGACCAAGAGCUAAAUUUAAUGUGACUCCCAGCUACAUCAGGAGUGUUAACUUAGUGCGGAUUAAAGGUCAGAAGAUGAAAUGCAAAAUCCUUCAUAUGGUUAUGUCCUUCAUAACCAUUUCUUUUUUGGUGUCUAAUGAUGUUCUAAUGAAUAUUCUGGAUACCAAUCUUAUGUGAACCAGAAUAUGGUAAAAAUGGAAGACUCUAGAAAGAGAACUUCUUAUGGGUUUAAACCCUGUACAGGACAUCCCAAAGAUCUUAUUGCAGUUUUAAGUUUGAGUGACUUGAUGUUAAUAGCUGUUAUUAAAUAAAGCUGUAAACUACACUAAGAUUUUGGGGACAAAUCUCUAUUUUUUCAUAUAGUGAUUUUAAAUAAGACACUUUUAGAAGGUAACCAUUAACUUUCAGGGAAAAAUAUUCAGUAUUGGCUUAGACAAAUGGGAAACAUUUUUUCCUGGUUAAUUUUUGUAACUAGUGGAAUUUUCCCAUUUAAUGCUUUGUGGUUCUUUUCAGUCCUUAAACCCUUUCAAGUUACAUUUUCAAUGAAUUCUACAGAAUUUAAUUUCCUAAAGUGAAUUUUUUUUCUUUCAGAUUGCUAGUAUAUUUGUGAAUUAAACACUAGCUUGUUUUUAAAACUUGUUAAAAGCGCGAAUAAAGUACUGAUUUUGUCUUUUUAAUGCAAAUCUUAUUCAUAUAUUCUUGAUGACUAUUCCCAUUUACUUGACAUUUUUAUGGUUUUUCUUAGGAUAUUUUAUAAACAUCAAAAAGCAUUUUAGAGCUUUCCAUAGCCUGCCACUCAUGGCAGAGUAAUUAAUCCAUUUUGGUCUUUGCCUCUUCACCCAAUUGGACCAAUAACAGAUUCAGACUUCAGUAGCAUUCUAUUUAUAUUGUUUGGUGACAUCUGGGUAGAUCUCUAAAAGGUCUUUACCACGUAAUGAUCUGCAGUUGUUGCAACUGCAACACAUCAUCUCUAUACUUAGUCAUAAUCCCCCCCCAAAAAAAAAUUUUUUUUUUAAUUUACUCUUUACUAUCUGAAGACCAUGACUUUUUUAAUUGUAAGAUGCAUUUCAAAAUUAUAUGACAUUCUUAAAAGUUAAAUGUGGCAAAACCCUGAAGAAAAUGACCUUAAGUUUCACUCAGACAUAAUUUUUUCUGAGUAUUAAACAUUGUUUCACUCAAUCAAGUCUUACAAAUUAUGUUAGGAUUAAAAGAGAAAUAUUAGAAAGAUGCGAUUUAUAUUCAUCUUUAUUUGGUUAUUUUAAAUAAAUACCAGCAGUAGUUAAUUGAUAAUAUCAAAUAGUUGCCAAUUUAAAGAAAGUGAGGCUUCACUUAAUCUCUUUUGUUUUCAAAGGUUAUGUUUUUUAUUUGUCAGUUAUCUGUUGUUAGGGUUGCCUUUAGGGGCAGCUGGGUAGCACCAUGGCUACACUGCUGAGUUUUAAUCCUCCUUCAGACAUGAAUUGGCUGUGUACUAGACAAGUUACUGCAUUUAGACAACUUCCACCUCCUAUCUGUAAAGAGGAUGAAAACACAGCAUCUACCUCACAGGGCAGCUAUGUAUAAUGGACUUUUCAUAUCUUCAAAUACUAUAAGAAUGUUAGCCAUUAUUUUUUGUUAUAAUCAUCAGUUAUUAUUUUUUGUUGUAAUUGUUUAAAUUCAUGAUGAUUUCUAAUUCCUUUACCAGGGACUGAAAUAUCUUCAAUUCAAAGAAAAUAUCUAUUAUUUUGUGUUAAAGCAUCUGUGUGCUUUCUCUGUAAUUAAAGAAUAUUCUGUAAUCCUUUUACACUGAAAUUAUCUGAAGGAAAUCCCAUUUUUGUAGUUACAAUUUGUAUAUUAUUGACUUCAUUGUUAGAGAAAAAAAAGAUUUAAAAAAUAGGUAAUGUUUUUAUUUCUGUCAACUCAUUCUUCCUUUCUAUUUUCAUAAUUUUACCAAUGUAGUUCAAAGCCUCAUUAUUUCUCUAAUGAACUGUUCUCAAAUACAGUUACCACAAAAACACCAAAACAAUCAUCCUCAGACAUCUGCCACAUAUCCCAAGAGCCCCUAAGGUAUCAAAUCAAAAUUAUUGCCCAGCAUUGAGGCUCUCUGUCAUCUGUUAAAGACAAAUACCUCUAUCACUUUAUCCUUUCCUCAGAAAACCUUCAAUUUUGAUGACAGAUACUAUUCCCAUUUCAUUGUUGCUCAAAGGGUUCUCUCCCUUUCUAGAAUGCCCUACCAUCUAUUCACUAAUUCUUUGCCCUUUUCAGAAGCUUUAUUUUUCAGUAGUUUUAUGAGUUUUUGCUGAAAGGACUCUGGGGCAGGAUCUUUUCCUUUUCAGAAUUAUAGUCUCUGAAGGAGUCCCAUAGGUCUCAGGUACUAUUGAUCUGUGCUUAUUGUAAACAUUCAUUGCUCACUGCCAGACCACAGAGAUUCCCUAGCAUUCUAGUACAUUUAGAGUGAGCUAAUCAAUGAACAAAUAUUUAUUAAGCACCUAUUAUGUAUCAGGUCUAUUAGGCAUUUGGGGUUUAGAAAAAAAUAUGUAAAAGACGCUGUCCUCAAAGAGCUUAUAUUCUAUUGAUAAGAAGCAAUAUGUACACAAACAUGAUAUAUGUACAAAUAAAUCUGGUAUAGCAUCAGUGGGAAAACACUAGCGGGAGGGGAUCAGCAAAAGAAGUGGUUUGAGCUGAGUUUUGAAAGAAGUCAUGGAUUCUAAAAACAAGUGAAAAGGGAAUGAUUUAAAAUUCUCAGAGCCAACUUGUACAAAGCUAUGAGUACGGCAAAUGGAAUCAACAGCAGCCAGAAGUCCAGUUAGCUGAACUGAAUAAUCUAUGGAAUGAGUUGAAAGGGAGUUUGAAGGUAGUUUUCAUUUUUUAUUCAUUUUAAACUUAGAUAUAAAAAGAAAAAAAAUUUCCAUGUGGAACAAGCAGGACAUGAGAAGACUCAAUAUAAAACGUCUCCAUUUCAUAAAAAACUAUGUGGCAAAUCCUACACAUUGUUUUCAAAACAAUCCAACCUUUUCUAUGCUUUCUUCGAGGUGUUCUUUUGUCCUCUGCUGUGCACUUUUUACUUUUAUUUUUUUCCUCCCUCCCCUUUCCCUAGAAAAGACUACAAAUUUUCUA